UCGCACAGCUUUUGUGCCUGGGGGAAUUCAGUUGGCAGUUGUUGGUGCAAACCAGUGGAGGGGAGGAUACGUAAAAUACUCAAGUACUCGAUCCUCAAGACCUCUCAAGACCGGUUCCUUUGAGCCUGCUUUUCUACAGCCUGACAGUUACCUUGGUUAUUCUAUGGCAGUUGCUAAAACUACAAGUGCACAGUGACAAUUAUUGGUGCUCCACGAUAUCAGCACAGAGGAAUUGUGAUGGUUGUUGAUGAAAGCAUGACACAUUAUAAAAUGAUUGAUCCAUAUCCACAGCAGCAAUCUGGUGAAUACUUUGGGGCAGAGGUUUGUGUCAUGAGAAUGAGCAGCCAGUAUACUGACCUCAUCCUCAUAUCCGCCCCAAUGCAUAUGGAAUCCGAGAGAGAGGGAAGAGUUUAUGUGUGCCAGUUGAAGUAUUUGACAGUUGAGUGUCGCUUUGACUCUCCAUUAGUAUUAAGAGGGGCUGAAUCCAGCAAAGGAAGGUUUGGGUCUUCUCUUGCUGUGCUGCCUGAUUUAAAUACAGACGGGAUCAGCGAUUUAGCAGUUGGAGCACCUUUGGAGAAUGAUGGCCAAGGCAGCAUCUACAUAUUCCACGGCGAAAGAAGACCAAGUAUCAAUCCCAUUUACUCACAGAGAAUAACUGGCUCUGAAGUCAAGUUAGGACUGAAGUAUUUCGGCGUGUCGAUCGAUCAGGAGUCUUUAGAUCAGAGUGGAGAUAAACUGCCAGACUUAGCAGUGGGAUCAAAGGGCACAGUUGUCUUACUCAGAUCAAGACCUAUCAUCAUGGUUGAAGCUACUGUGUCAUUCGAGCCAAAGAUAAUCCCUACUCAAAAUGUAGACUGCUCAGUAGCACUGCAGAACACAGCUACAAUCUGCUUUACCAUGACCAGUCUCACUUCAGCAUCUACAGGUUCCUCAGCUCAAGCAACAAUCAAACAUACUUUCACACUGGAUGCCACUCGCAAGGCCCAAAGAAUCGAGCUUAUAUCACUGAUAAACAACGAGAGUCGACCAAGACCAUUACUGUUUCCUUAAAUAGGAAAGAAUGCAGCACCUUGAAAUUCUUCAUUCAGGCAUGUGCAGAAGAUGUUGUCAGUCCACUUAGGAAUGAGUUAAGAUUCAGCUUUGAAGGUUUAUCAUCUU